UCUGAACCUCACCGGGACGAGAAUCCACCGCCAAGAUGAGUCAACUACCAGCUAUAAAUCAAUUAAAGUCUACUAUGGAGAGGGCAGCUAAGAUGAAGGAUGAAGACAAGCUUUACAAGCGAGAGGGAAUCCUGUACUCCUCGAUCCUCAGCCCUCCAGAGACCCUGGACAAGUUAAAAGAGCUGGAGGCCAGAGAGGAUGACCUUAUCCUGGUGGCAUACCCUAAAUGUGGUUUUAACUGGAUGCUGUCAGUCUUGAGUAAAAUCUUGAAUGCUUCCACUGGGAAGAAUGAGAUCCAGCUUGAAAGACUCCCUCUGGUUGAGUUUUUACCUCCAGAUGUUCAAGAGAAACUGGCUGAAAUGCCACCACGGAGGCUUCUGGGAACUCAUCUGCACCCUGACAACAUCCCUCCCUCGUUCUUUACUAAGAAACCAAAGAUUCUGGUGGUGUUCAGAAACCCGAAAGACACACUCGUCUCUUACUAUCAUUUCAUGAACAAGAACCCGGCUCUGCCCAACGCUGGGCCGUGGGACAAGUUCUUCUCAGACUUCAUGGCUGGUGAAGUUGCCUGGGGCUCUUAUUUUGAUCACGCUCUCGCCUGGGAGAAACGUCUAGACGACCCAAACGUGAUGAUCGUGACGUAUGAGGAACUGAAAGAGAACCUGUCAGAAGGUGUGAAGAACAUCUCAGGGUUCUUCAAGCUUCCUCUGACCGAUGAGCAGGUCAGCAGCAUCGCUGGAGAAAGUACGUUCAGCGCCAUGCUGGAAAACUCCCAGAAGUCUCAUGGCAAUAUGGGCAGCAUCUUCUUCAGGAAAGGUGAGGUGGGCGACUGGAAGAAUCAUUUUUCUGAUGCCCAGAGCAAACAGAUGGACGAGCUCUUCCAAGCCAAACUAGCUGGAACAAAUCUCGGAGCCAGACUGAAGUAUGACCUUUACUGCCAAUAAAUGAGACGACACCACGAGAGCCAGCGGACAGAGA